UUGUAAUAAUUAUCGUAACUAAAUGGAUGUUGACGCAGGGUGCCAACGGGGGCGUUGUCAUCUAGUGGAAAUCGCGAUGCUGCCGAACCAAUUUCUGUGAUGGCUGCUAUUACCACAUAUUUACAUUUAUCCACACAUUCCGCUGAAUCGAUUCAUUGAUGCCGGCUUUAUCGCAGAAUUCGCAGCAUUAAAACAACAUCCCGAAUUUCACACCAGCUGCUACAAUAAGCGCAGAUCAACGAUACUCCACAAUCAGAGCCACAGCAAAAAUGGACCACGCCCAUCACACUGCGCCCAAUGUUGAUCAUUCCCUGCACCAUGACCACGCUGGCAUGCACCAUGAUCACAGUGGGAUGGACAGCAGCAUCAGCCCCACCACCACUACCACCGAUUCCACGACCCACGACAUGCAUGCGGUACACCAUCAUAGUGGCGGCGGUGGAGGCACGGGCACUGGCAUGGAGCAUAUGAUGUCCAUGGCGUUCCACUUUGGCUACAACGAGACGAUCCUCUUCUCCUGGUGGCACAUCGAUACGGUCUCCGGCCUGAUUGGGUCGAUGAUCGCCAUCUUCCUACUGGCCCUGCUGUACGAGGGGCUCAAGUACUACCGCGAGUAUCUGUUCUGGAAGACGUAUAACCUGCUCGAGUACCGCCCGGUGACGGGUCCCCAGCGCAAUCCGGAGGCGCCGCGACUUCCCUCCGCAGCGGCGGCUGCCCCAUCCCCAGUGCAAUACGUUGGCGAAGUUGUGCACAAGCAACCACCCUCGAUGCUCUCGGUCAACCAUCUGUACCAGACGCUGCUUCACAUCCUGCAGGUGACGCUCUCCUUCCUGCUCAUGCUGAUCUUCAUGACGUACAACGUCUGGCUCUGCCUGAUGGUGGUGCUGGGCGCGGCUGUGGGCUACUUUCUCUUCUGCUGGAAGAAGUCCGUCAUCGUGGAUGUGACCGAGCACUGUCACUAGCAGCGGAUCAGCCUGGAUCGAGGCAGUCUCCGGUGUCUAACUCAGGAGGAGGAGUUGCCCGCAACCUAGAUGGAUCAAUGGUGCAAGGCAGGAAGGCCCGGAAGCUCACACAUACCCAUAAAGACACUCACGCCCUACGCCCUCUCCUGUUCUCCUGCUCCUUGCAACUACUCUUUAGGUAUUAGUCGAUCUUUAGCAAGAGCUGGACCCCAGCCCAGGGCUGGCCAACACAUUGUUUAAAACUGCCGCACUCUUUCCCCUGGAAAGAGACAACUGUAAAAUUGAAUAGAAACUCAAAACUACACUUAACAUUUAUUCAGCGCAAACACUUCCGAAGAGGAUUUAAAUAGAUUAAGUUGAAAAUUUAAAAAAAUUGAACAAACUACGGAACAAGAAUUUAGAAAGCGAAGUCUAAAAACUGUAGAUACGCGCGAACCCAAGGCAAUAGUUGUUGGAGAACUCAGUCGAUAUUUGCUCGAAAAAAAGCACAUACACAGAUAUUUCAUAAACUUUCCAAUCGCAGGAUUGGAUCGCCCCCAAAACAAAUAUUUUUUAUCAAUCUUAUUAUACCAUUUUGUAUGCAUGUUAUACUAUUAUGACCUUCUUAUUAUUUGGUAAUAAAAUCUUUUUUUUUUUUGUA